AUGUCGACACUAGAAUAUGAAGGUUGUAACCACUUUCGUAUGAGGUUAGUACUAUCAACUUUAAGUGGGAGAAGUGUCAAGAUAUCCCAGAUUCGACCGGAGGAGGAUGAUCCUGGUCUGAAAGAUUUUGAAGUGAGCUUUAUUAGAUUGCUUGACAAGGUGACCAAUGGAACAAAAACAGUUAUCUCAGAGACAGGUAGGUGUUUAAAAAAAAAAAACACCUUUACUACCCAUCGCUUGCUUUUACUGCCUGCCUCAAGACCAAUCGGAUAUUACCUGGAAAUGCUGAUGUGUUUAGCUCCUUUUACCAAAGAACCACUGAAGGCUGUACUCAGAGGUGUGACCUGUGACAAAGAUGAUCCAUCUGUGGAUUUGUUGAAGCUGUCUGUGUUCCCAGUUUUAAAGAAGUUUCUAGGAACAGAUGAAGGCUUAGAGUUGAAAAGUAAGUAUUUUUUCAUCUGUGGUAACUUAGAAGAGAUUAUCAAAAGAGGUGCAGCACCCGAGGGUGGCGGUGAAGUCCUGUUUUCCUGUCCAUGUCGACAGAAGCUGCGGCCAGUCAAGUUCACCCAGCCUGGAAAGAUCAAACGGAUUCGCGGAGUGGCCUGGUCUGUUCGUGUCUCCCCUGCUUUUGUUAACAGGAUGGUGGAUGCUACAAGAAGUGUUCUCAACGGAUUUCUGACGGAUAUUUACAUCCAUACAGACCACAUGAAGGGAAACCAAUCAGGGAAGUCUCCUGGUUUCGGUGUCACUCUUGUUGCUGAGACAACAGAGGGAGCAUUUCUAGCUGCAGAGGAAGUGUCUAAUGCUAAAGGUUCUGGAGAGUCCCCAACAGUUCCUGAAGAUCUGGGCAAGAAGGCAGCACUGGCUCUGAUCCAAGAAAUCUACAGGGGAGGCUGUGUGGAUUCCACGAGCCAGAGCCUUGCAGCACUUAUGAUGGUCCUGGGCCAGCAGGAUGUGUCCAAAAUACAGACUGGAGAACUGACACCAUACACGAUACAUUUUCUUCGACACAUUCGGGAUUUCUUCAAAGUGGUGUUCAACAUAAAAGUGGACAAGAAGCCCAAAGCUGCAAGUUCAGAUGAUGCAGACGAAGAAGGGGAGGAGCUGCGGGUAGGAGGAGACAAGCUGAUUCUGACCUGUGUGGGCGUGGGAUAUAGUAAUGUCAGCAAGGCUGUUAGAUAA